GGACAUGAAGCCUCGCCGUUCGAGCUGCACAGACUCUGGGUCCGAAUCUUCAGAAGCGGACUCCAAAAGCCCGGAGAAAUACGAGUCGGCCACGCGGCGGAGGAUGGCCGCCAACGCCAGAGAGAGGAAGAGGAUGCAGGGCUUGAACACGGCCUUCGACCGGUUACGAAAAGUGGUGCCGCAGUGGGGUCAAGACAAGAAACUGUCCAAGUAUGAAACCCUGCAGAUGGCUCUCAGCUACAUCAUGGCCCUCAACCGGAUCCUGACGGACACUAAGAGGAACAACGCUGCACAUGUGCAGUGGGUGGACAUGCAAUUGGACUGCGUGCAGCCUGACGACUAUCAGUACCUCAUGAGGUACGACUCCACGGGGCAGGACUAUAUCAACUCUUCUUUCUCUUAUCAGUUCGACGGGCAUCAGCUCAACGUAUGA